UCUUGCGCAUCUUGCGCAUCUUGCGCCUUGCCGGGAUCCGCCAUGCAGCGCCCUGGCACGGGAGCUGAAAACUAUGAGGACUAUCAGCGAGACAUCGAGCGAUACCAACAGAGAAGGAGAGGUGAAGAGCCAGACACUGCUGCCAGAUCCAGCAGUCUUCCUCCAGGUUUUCUGGGAGAAGAACGUGGCAUCCGCUCCAGUCAUCUCACACACUUGGGUGGUUUCCGCCGUGAGUAUCUGCACCGGAAGAGACGCGACUCGUGUCCCGACCUUGCGCCUGUGUCCUCCGACACGGACUCCAACACUUUGCCACCAGAAGCGGAGCCCCACGAACAGAAUUCAUCUUUACUGCUGGCGGCCGAGAUCGAGGAUCAGAUGAGUUUCAUGGCUUUCUUUGUUGCAGACAUGGUGGAUGACAGCCCAGGCCGCCAGAUCCGGCUGCUGACAGCCGAUGGCCUCCCACCAAAUUCAGCUCAAGCUCGAAAGAAGAAGAUGUCAGUGGCGAAGGCAUGUGUCAGUACUUUCAAGGCCUUCAUUGCCACCGGAAUUCUCUUCAUGCCGCAAGCAAUGACAAAUGCCGGGUGGGGAUGGGCUGUUCUGCUGAUGUCAUUUUCCUGCGUAAUUUCAACGCUGGGAAUUUUGCUGCUGGGUCAAUGCCACCAGCAUCACAACGUCUCGUAUCCGCUGCUGGGCCGAAAGGCCUUUGGUGUCUAUGGCUAUUUCUUGAUUGCUGGGCAGGUUGCCUUUUCCCAAUUCUGUUUUUGCGCAUCGUAUUACAUUUUCAUCAGCACCACAAUUCAGAACCUCUUUCUGGGUCAUGGGAUGGUGCCACCUAGCACGUUUGUGAUCAUGCUGCUGGUGGGCUUGGCUUUGACACCUCUGGGCUGGAUACGACGCAUUGGCAAAAUGAAAGUGGUGAACCUCGCGGGGGACGUCAUCAUCAUCACGGCCAUUUUUUCAGUCGCCGCCACGGCCGCAUUGAAGCUCUGCCGCGACGGCGUCUCGCAGGAAGUGGUGGCAUUUGCACCACCCUCCAGGGUUCUGAUCUUCGCUGGCACAUCUGUCUAUGCCUUCGAGGGUAUCGCGUUGGUGAUACCCAUCCGUGAGAGUAUGGAGAAACCGGAGUAUUUUCCUCACAUGUUGGUGGGAAUGAUGCUCUUCUUUGUGGUGUUUCUGACCGGCUUUGGAAUCCUGGGGUACUUCGCCUGGGGGAACCACGUGAAGGCCGUUGCGUUGAACGAACUUCCUGGGACCAUGGGGAUGCUGAUACAGUUGCUCUACAUCAUGGCGAUUUUUUGCGGAUAUCCUUUGGCGAUUUUCCCCGCUUUCGCCAUCAUCGAGUCGAAGCUUUUCAGCGAUGGGCCACCCACCUUGACGCGGAAGUGGUUGAAGAACUUGUUGCGGACCUUCAUCACGUUGCUGAUGGGAGCCUUCGCCUACCAAAUGUCCACAUAUUUGUCCUUAUUCAUCUCCAUGCUGGGCAGUUUUUGCAGCAUCCCCUUGGCGAUUAUCUUCCCAGGGAUGCUACAUCUCAGGUUGGUGAAGGAUUCGCCCAGAUUGGAUUGGAUUUUGAUCUCAAUUGGAUGUGUGCUGGUCCCUGUGACUCUCUACGUGGACAUCGUUCACAUGAACUUGUGAGCUGCCACGGCAGCUGUUGGCAGCCGAUGCUCUGGCAAGCAGGAAGCUGCCGAGAUGCAAACGCACUUAGUUUCAGAUGUUUCAGCAGUUUUUGCGACAGAAAAAACAUGCCCAAGGUGAACAAAG